AUGGUAGAACAAGAUGAUGCAGAGAUAAUUGUGACUAACAUUAUCAACCCAGCUUCUUUCCUUAGUGGAAAUCAAGGGGAGCCAGUACACCACGACUGCCUGGAGACUAUCGAAGCCUCCUCCUCCAGCUGCCCAGAUCUGAAGGACACCCCUUGGGAUGAUGCAGAAACCUGGUUCACUGAUGGGACCAGCCACGUCAUCAGUGGACAGCGACAUGCUGGGUAUGCAGUUACCACCUGCAAAGUGGAAAUUGAAUCUGGACCUUUACCAAUAGUGUUCUGCUCUACACUGGAACCUGGGACAAUUACUCAGUUGUGUCCCUCAGUGGAACCCAUUAAAACUUCAGGCCUGGACAUGGACCUGGGCUCCAUCUGCACCACUGUCCCCAAAGCCAUGCACAAUUCCCUCUGGCACACCAACAACAUCUCCUACUCUGCAUGUGCUGCUCAGGUGUUUUUCUUUGCAUUCUUCAUGUCAGCAGAGUUUUCCCUCCUGACCAUCAUGUGCUACGACCGCUACGUGUCCAUCUGCAAACCCCUGCACUACGGGACCCUCCUGGGCAGCAGAGCUUGUGCCCACAUGGCAGCAGCUGCCUGGGCCAGUGCCUUUCUCAAUGCUCUGCUGCACACAGCCAAUACAUUUUCCCUGCCCCUGUGCCAGGGUAAUGCCCUGGGCCAGUUCUUCUGCGAAAUCCCCCAGAUCCUCAAACUCUCCUGCUCAAACUCCUACAUCAAGGAAUUUGGGCUCAUUGUAUUUUCCAUUUGUUUAGGACUUGGCUGUUUUUUGUUCAUUGUUUUCUCCUAUGUGCAGAUCUUCAGGGCUGUGCUGAGGAUCCCCUCUGAGCAGGGAAGGCACAAAGCCUUUUCCACCUGCCUCCCUCACCUGGCUGUGGUCUCUCUCUUUGUCAUUACUGGUUUAUUUACCUACCUGAAGCCCCCUUCCAUCUCCUCCCCAUCCCUGGAUCUGGCCCUGUCAGUUCUGUACUCAGUGGUGCCUCCAGAUAAACAUCCUCAGCUCCAUCAGCCACUCCUAAGAGGAGCUGUGUUCAAGACCCCUCGCCAGCCUUGUCGCUUUCUCUGGACACACUCCAGCUCCUCCAUGUCCUCCCUAAAUUGGGGGGCCCAGAACUGGACACAGCACUCAGGCCACUCACGACCCCCCAGCAACCAACUGACCACACCCACUGACCACAACCACAGUCCACACCUAAUGACCACAGAAACUGACCACACCCCAAUGACCCCCAAACUGACCAUACCCCCACUGACCACCUGCACUGACCAGAAUCACUGA